AUGCUUACCAGGAAAAAACCACGUAAAAGCACGUCAAAUAUCGAGGGUAUGUUGACAGUUUUCUUCGAUUAUCCAGGUGCGGUGCACUCCGAACUCCUUCCGAUCGACCAAACUGUCAACAAUGAAUACUACUUGAGUGUUUUGCGUCGUUUGCGCGAAGCUAAAAUUUAUUUUUUGCUUUGUGUUUUGGUGGCAUCUGUGACCGCUGAUGUUAGCCACAUAAGCAAUGAAUACCUUCCACCAACUUAUGCUGCUGCUGCUUCCGCUCCAGUACAGACUUAUAGUGCUCCAGUAUCGGCUCCUUCUUACACCGCUCCAGAACAAAGCUUUGAUGUUGCUGCUCCCAGUGUCUUAGCAGAACCAGAAUAUGCAGCCUCGGAACCAGUUGCUUCGCAUAGUUUCUCCUCAUCGGACGGUUACCGAUACAAAACUCAAAGACGUGUAGUAUACCGUCAUCGUCAACGUCGUGGUGCUCCUUCAAGCGAAUAUUUGCCUCCAGCAGCUUCAUCACCUUCCGUUGAAUACUUAUCUCCAGAUGCAUUUCCUGCAGUUUCUUCUUAUUCUGCUUCCCCAUCUUAUCAAUCGGAAACGUAUGCGCCAGCUGCAUCCUAUCAGUCUGAGUCAUACGCUGAACCUUCUUAUGCAGAAUCUGCUCCCGCCCAUAGCUUUUCUUCUAAUGAUGGUUAUCGUUACAAAACUGCUCGUCGUCGCGUAUACCGUCGUCGCCGAUACUAA